GCCCCUUUCUUUAUUAAAACAAUUUUUAUAUUUGUCUUCUCUCUUUUUUUUCCUUGCAAUAAAUCCUCUUCAUGCUAUACCAUGCCUUCAUUUCACAUAAAACUCAUUCACGUAAACUGCUUCGUCCCUUAAUCAGCAGGUGCUGUUUCCAAACGUUCAGUUCGUCAAGAUCAGCAGUAGCGGCACAUCAACAGGAACGACCUCGUACUAAUCUAAACGUGAUUGAUUUCUUUCAUCCGUCGUUAUCCUCUACCUUAUUUCACUACACACUUAAUCUUGGAGUGUCAGGUCACCCCAAAAGCGGCAAAGUGCCUUCAGAAACACAACAACAAGACGAUGUCAUAUACUCUAGUACUCAAGUGGGCGACGACGCUUACUUUAAACGACAAGACGCCUUGGGCGUAGCUGACGGUGUAGGUGGCUGGCGUACUCAUAAAGGUGCCAACCCUGCUUUGUAUUCACGUAAAUUGAUGCAUUACGCUCAAUUAGAAUUAGAUCGGAUUAAAACAAAUGUAAGGCCUCAGCAACUACAGGUAAAACCAGAUCCUAUACAAGUUUUGGAAAGCGCAUAUCAUAUGACGACUUUAGAUGCGCAAAACGAGGGUAUUGUGGGGUCAACAACUGCAUGUAUCGUUAUAUUAUGUCAAGAUGAACUUCGAAUAGCAAAUCUAGGAGAUUGCGGUGUAUCCGUUAUUCGACGGAACGACUACAUAUUUCGAUCUGAAGAACAGCAACAUUCUUUCAACUUUCCUUACCAAUUAGGCACAGCUUCUUUCGACUCACCGGCGGAUGCACAACUAUUCACAGUUAAAAUAGAGGAGGGGGAUAUUGUGAUUUUGGGCUCGGAUGGACUGUUUGAUAAUUUAUAUGACGAUGAGAUUUUAGAAGAGGUACAGAACUGUAUAGAUCAGCAGAUUGAUCCAGAAAAAAUAAACGAAGUUCCACCCCAAAGCAUAUCAGAUGCUCUUGCACUCCGAGCAAAAAUUGUGAGUGAGGAUCCAGAUAACCCCAGUUCUCCUUUUCAGGUAAGAGCUAUGCACGAAGGUCUUUACUAUCAGGGAGGAAAAGCAGAUGAUAUUAGUGUGAUUGUAGCUAUCGUUAAAAAGGAUGAGCGACCACCAGAACCUUCUCCCCCACCGCUACCUUAAACCUUCAAUCUAUUUUUUUUUUAUUAU